CAUUCAUGGGGGAAAAGGAGACAACGUGCCAAGACUGUUUUAUCUUCUUGCUGCUGCGAUGUAACCUCGGGGUGGGCGUGCUGUUUUAUCUACUGUUUUGGCUAUCUCGAGCGUUAAAUAGCUGUCUGUCUGUCUCUCCUCUUACUCUGGUACAUCCACAUCCAGGCCUUCCAACAACAGCAAGAUGCUCCAAGUCAAGACCCUCGUCGCUCUCCUGCUCACCAGCUCGGUGACCCUCGCCCUCCCUACCGAGAUCGAGGCCCGCCAGUCGUGCGCCUACACCUGCGGCAGCGUCUGCUACUCGUCCUCCGCGGUCUCCGCCGCCGUCGAUGAGGGCUACAGCCUCCAAUCCUCUGGCGACGACGUCAACGACUACCCCCAUGUCUACAACAACUACGAGGACUUCGACUUCCCCGUCGACCCCACCUACUAUGAGUUCCCGAUCUUGAGCUCCGGCAGUGUGUACAGCGGCGGUUCGCCUGGCGCGGACCGUGUCGUCUUCAACGAGGGUGGAGAGCUUGCUGGCGUUAUCACCCACACUGGCGCCAGUGGAAACAACUUUGUUUCUUGCUAGAUUCGAGUAGAUUUCGACUAGUCUACGGGUGUUGGAAUGCAUGUUGUUGGUGGCCUAGCGGGAGAUCGGGUACUUGUGCGGUGCCUGGAAUGUAUAUACUCCGUAGCAAAUCAAUCAACUCGCUGGACAACGGAUACAGCCUGUCCUGAUUCAAGCCUAGAUGAGACCUGGGCACCCGUAGCUGUAGCAGCUUGAUCCCGCAAAACCUCUAGCUCAAUCGCUGGGUUCUCAUCUUGAUCUUGAUCUCCCUCGGCCCACCCCUCGCGCUCAUCCUUGACCCUUCUCACAAACGCAACAUCCAGCAGAAGAGCCACCGCACUAAUUGCAACCCCGAAGUACAACGCAGCGCGAUACCCACGAAUCGCAUCUCCCGUCUUCGCAGCAAUCUGCACCUCAACUGUCGACGCAAAGCCCAG